AUGGACGCAACCCCGGACCCCCCAAGCCUCGGGCAGGGCGCCCCCGGGAAGACCCGAAGGCCGCUCUCCGGCUGCGCAGAGCCCGGCCGCCCUGCGAAAUCCGCCCGGUGGCCUCGGGCUGUGAAACUCAUCGGCGAAAGCACCGAGUAUCUGCCCAAACCCGCCGUGCGGCGCCCCUUCCUCCGCCCCCGGCCUGCGGAGGGGCCCGCGGAGACCCCUCCCCGCGCACCAGGCCCGCCGCGCGCCCCGCAGCCCACCAGGUCUCCUGGGCGGCUGCAGCGUCGGGACAAGUCCCCUAGGCUGUCGGGGCAUCCUCCCACCCCGCACCCCUGCAGCAGGUCUCCUGGGCAGCUGCAGCGUCAGGACAAGUCCCCUAGGCUGUCGGGGCAUCCUCCCAACCCGCACCCCUGCAGCAGGUCUCCUGGGCGGCUGCAGCGUCGGGACGAGCCCCCUGGGCUGUCGGGGCACCCCGUCUCCCCCGCCCCCCACCCCGCCGCCCUGCAGCAGGGCUCUGGGAGGCUGCAGCGUCGGGACGAGCCCCCUGGGCCGUCGGAGCACCCCCGCCCCCCACCCCGCGCCCCUGCAGCAGGGCUCCCGCACCCCCGGCGGCGGCGCGGCGGAGCGGCUCGGCCGCCCGGCUCACCCCGCGUCCGGAGCUGGCUGCUGGCGGCCCCCGGGGCGCGGGGCGGGGGGCUCGGCUCCCGCGGGGUGUCGGGGCCCCUGGCGCAGGUCGUGGCGGCCGCGCUCCGCACCCAGCAGCCCGGCGGCGGCAGCUCCAGCCGCGCGGCCCCUCCUCAUACUUCUCUGGUGGCUCCUCUGGCUGCUGUGAAAAGCCAGUUUCUUCAGGAGGCCUCCCUAUCAGCAGGCCCGGCAUUACCCACUCGGCCGACCGUCUCAGGCAAAGCUCAGGAAAUUUCCCCUGGGGGCUGCUUUCCAACUGGAAGGAAGCGUGCAGACGCCGGGGACCGACCCCGAGCAUCUCGGACCCCGAGCAUCUCCCACCCCGAGCAUCUCCCCGCGAUGCUCCGCCCCCACCUGCGGCGCCCCGGGUUUAUUGUCCGCCGACCCCGACCGCCCGCCCCCUUAAGGGCGGCGGCCCCCUUAAGGGCGGCGGGCUUCCCCCAGCUCCCGCCUUCAAGGGCCCGGGAUGCCCGGAUGGAAGCCCCGUGCGAUUGA